UUCCCAACCUGUUGUAAAUUUCUUUCGAUAGCCGGACUGAUUUGGGUACGGAACGACCUGUGAUUUAUUUCUUCUUUUUAUUGAAUGUUAACCCUAGCUAACGUGUAAAUGCGUUUCCAUAACCAGUACACAUGUAUUUACAGGGAACGUCUAGGCCAUGUGCGUCUUGCUUUGGUUUUCCGUCUGUUUGAUGAGGAGAUAGAUGAAAGUAAUUACAUAAUCCAACAAUUCCAAAAAUAUCAAAAGGAACUUGACUCUCGUCAUGACAAACAUGAACGCCUAGUUAAGCUGAGUCGUGAUAUUACCAUUGAGAGUAAGAGAGUUAUCUUCUUUAUGCAGAGGAGCUCAAGUAAAAAUCUUGAGAUGCUGGAGCAAGCAUUAAAAAAGAUUCAAGACAUCCAACAGCAGAAAUUUCUACCAAUGGCAAAGGAACUUCAGGGAGAGGAACCACAUCAGUUCCUGAGAGCCUACACAGCUGGUCUACAAGAGUAUAUCGAGGCUGUUGCAUUUUACCACUACCUCAGGAGCAAAACACUUGUUAGUUUGAACGAAGUCCAAGUGGACUUAACUUUUGCAGUGCCCUCUAGUGACACUGAAAAUUCCCAGGAAAAGACAAUAUGUGUAUAUGUUCCUCCUUCCGAGUACAUGCUGGGUUUAGCUGACCUGACAGGGGAACUGAUGAGAUUUGCUAUAAAUAGUGUCGGCUCUGGUGAUAUGGACACUCCCAAUGAAGUUUGUGCUUAUCUUCAUAAAAUGUUGGGAGGGUUUCAGUCGCUUGGUCAGGUGUCAAGAGAAAUGAACCGCAAGAUUAGCACAUUGAGGCAGAGUUUACAGAAGGUGGAGGCAGCUUGUUACACUUUACAGAUCCGGGGAUCAGAGAUUCCUAAACACAUGCUACAGGAUGUAUUUAAAUCAGUACAGGAAACCUCUUACUUGGAAGAGCGAGAUCUUGAUGAUUAAAACAUUGGUAAACAGAUUGUCAGUCUGAGAGGACCAAGACAUUACAAGAGCAUUUCAUUACAUCUUAUGAUAGUUACAUUGUCUCCUCCAACAUACAACACAGUGGAUCAGACAUUGAUGAUAAGAGACACAUCGAUGUUCUCGUCAUUAAUCAGGAGGAUAAUCACAUUCCUACUCCACUCCAAUUUACUACAGCUCAGGUUAAAUUCUUGCAUCCAAUUAUUAUUUGUUAUUUUGAACUAAAGUUACUUUCAUUUGUAUACAAGAACAAGAAUAAAAUACAAAGAUUUGA